ACACGGCGGGAGUCUGGAGACUGGGUGCGCCGGCGAGGCAGAGCAGCCUCGAUUUUGUUUCCGUUUUUUAGGUUCAGGAACUCCUGGGGCGGAAGCCUUUGUUUUGAGGGAGGGGGCCGUGCCUGUUUCGUUAUCUCCCCUUUUUGUGGGCCGAACUCACUCCCCGCCCCCGGGCGCACAAGUCCCCGCCCUCCCGCGCUGCUAUCCGCGAGCCGAUGGGCCGGACACUGCGGGACCCGCUGAGCUCCCGGUGUCCUUUCCUACCUCUGCGGAUCAGCGGAGGCUGGGGGUGAGCCCGGCCGGGCUGGCCAGGUCACCGCGCGGGCUCCUGGUCGCGCGCCUGGCCGGCGCUCAGCUGCUGAGCGCCUACUGGUUGGUGGGCCUGCAGGGAGACGCCGCAUUCUCAGGCAAGGUCUAGGCGCCUGACUUCUUUGCGAACUUGAUUCUUUUUCCCUUUGUGUCGAGACUUAGGGCUCUUGCAGGGCCCUCGUUCCCUGAGCGUGCACGCCACAACAUCCUAGCCCGCUUUCCGUGUCGCAUACCCCUAAUGCUCAGGAAAUGCUUCCCGAUGUCCAAAUAAGAUUUGAAUAAGUAGCCUGAUCCCGUUGCUGGGUGUCCUCAGAGGCUGCCUCUGUCUGACAGCUGUGGGCCAUAGAGACGCCUCCUGUGCCCUGGCCUCUGUUUCAUUGCUUCCUUCUGCUGUCAGCGCUGCAAGCCUCAGAGGGGCACUUCCUCCGCAGGUUUGAGGAUGGAGAGGACUUAGCACUCAGGCCUGUGAGGCAGGAGAUACGAAGACUUCCAAAGAAGGACCAAUUCCUCGGAUGUGCCCCCUCACAGAGAGAUGAAGGGGCAGCAGAAAACAGCUGAAACGGAAGAGGGGACAGUGCAGAUUCAGGAAGGUGCAGUGGCAACUGGGGAGGACCCAACCAGUGUGGCUAUCGCCAGCAUCCAGUCAGCUGCCACUUUCCCUGACCCCAACGUCAAGUACGUCUUCCGAACUGAAAAUGGGGGCCAGGUGAUGUACAGGGUGAUCCAGGUGUCUGAGGGGCAGCUGGAUGGCCAGACUGAGGGGACUGGCGCCAUCAGUGGCUACCCUGCCACUCAAUCCAUGACCCAGGCUGUGAUCCAGGGUGCGUUCACGAGUGAUGAUGCAGUUGACACAGAGGGGACAGCUGCUGAGACACACUAUACUUACUUCCCCAGCACUGCAGUGGGAGAUGGGGCAGGGGGUACCACAUCGGGGAGUACAGCAGCUGUUGUUACCACCCAGGGCUCAGAGGCACUACUGGGGCAGGCGACCCCUCCUGGCACUGGUCAGUUCUUUGUGAUGAUGUCACCACAAGAAGUGUUGCAAGGAGGAAGCCAGCGCUCUAUUGCCCCCAGGACCCACCCUUAUUCCCCGAAGUCAGAAGCUCCCCGGACAACUCGGGAUGAGAAACGCAGGGCUCAGCAUAAUGAAGUGGAGCGCCGCCGCCGAGACAAGAUUAACAACUGGAUUGUACAGCUGUCCAAGAUCAUCCCAGACUGCUCCAUGGAGAGCACCAAGUCUGGCCAGAGUAAAGGUGGAAUUCUAUCCAAAGCCUGUGAUUAUAUCCAGGAACUUCGGCAGAGUAACCACAGGUUGUCUGAAGAACUGCAGGGGCUUGACCAGCUGCAGUUGGACAAUGAUGUGCUUCGACAGCAGGUGGAAGAUCUUAAAAACAAGAAUCUGCUGCUACGAGCUCAGUUGAGGCACCACGGAGUCGAGGUCGUCAUCAAGAGUGAUAGCAACUAAUUCUGGGGAUCCAGAGGCUUUGGGCCCUACAGCCCCUUUCAGAGAACUGCAGAUAGCCCAGGAGCAACAGGCUAACCUCGUGCCCUUUCCUUCACUGCCCACUUCUGGCAUGGGACUGGGGGGAGUUCAGAAGGCGUGUCUUUGAACUGAGGCCCUGUGAUAUAGCAGCCUGCAGUGGUGUGAAACACACACGUGGAUGUGUACUGACCUCCUCACCCAACCCCACCGUGCAGCCCCUGGGCCCUUGUGCUCCUCUUGCACAAUGCAUGUGCUGUCUCCAUGCUGGACACUGGACACACUGAACUGGGGGGCUUGCCCUGUGCUUGCUUAGAGUGCCAGCAGAGGGUCUGCUGACAAGCAAAGCUCUGGCUUGCCCCAGGACACUGGCGCUUCCACUGGUUCUUCCUUUCCCUGGAGCUCAGAUGUGCACCUGAGGACUCUGGGGAACAGGCUUCAGCAAGAAGUGGGGAUAGGAUGCUUAGCAGUGGCUGCUGCCCCAGGAAGAGGAGAUUGGCCGGCAAGCAGCUAAGGCCUAUGCAGAAGUCUCUGGAGCCAGGGAGAACAACAGGCAGGGCCCACUGGGGGCCUUACCCCCUUGUGGGGACGGGUUUUUUUUUUCCCCCCUUUUCUUUCUUUCCUUUUUUUUUUUUAAGAUAAAAUAUUAAGAG